CGCAUUCAGCUCACCUCAGAAAUCGGUAGAGGCAAUCGAUAUAAAGUGCGCAAAGCAUUGGACAAGAGCUGUCUGUCUCGUUUCAUCACGUUGUUGUGCUUUCUCUGUCGACACCGUAAGCAGAGCAGAUUCACACUGUGAGCAGAGUGUAUCUAAGCGGGAGACACCAUGGGUCUCAAACUGGGCGUCGGGAAGUAUUCUCUUGUCCACCAAUCUUGCUUCGUCGCAGCUCUGAUUGUCUUGUUGGGCACACUGCCCACCUGCGACGGACAGAAUACCACUAUAAUUUUCGACAGUAACCAAGUGGACGCACUGAAAGACCUUUUGCGAGCAUGGAAUCAAACCCCCAACCUUGAGACUAACUUGGCUGGGUGGGACAUGAAUUCAACAUUUCCGUGCUUCGACAAAGGCGAUUGGCGUGGGGUGCAGUGUCUCAACUUCGUCAACUGUACAUCAUAUGGGGAGUAUCAGACAUGCUAUAGCUACAUUAUAGGCGUGACUCUCCAAAGUGCAUCACUUGUAGGCUCUAUACCACCAACCAUUGGAAACAUUACCUCGCUGUAUAGACUGGAGCUGACAGGAAAUCCAAAUCUCACUGGACCUCUUCCACGGACAUUGAAUGAAACUAGUCUUAGCAUUUUGGAUGUUCACGACAAUGCGUUGGAGGGUGAAUUCCCUCAUUACGGGGUCCAUUUGCUCUUCCUCGUGACAUUGGACUUAAGUGGCAACAAGUUUAAUGGGUCCUUCCCGAUUUCUCAAAUUAGUCAGAUGGAGUACCUCCAAACAUUAAGACUCGGCAGAAAUCGUUUCAAGGGGCCGGUCCCAGAACGAGCGUUUGAAAACAUGACCAAUCUUUUCGACCUGGACUUGUCAAGCAACAAGUUUAACGGGACACUGCCAAACCUGACAAUGAUACAUUCCUUACGCACUGUGAAUUUGAGCAGGAGUGGAUUUACAGGAUCGUUUCUGAUUUCGUCGUACUUCAACAGAACUGAGAACAACAGCCUCUCAGUGUUGGAUAUAUCUCACAAUCCACUCACACUCGAUCAAAAUUUCUGGAGCUCCUACGAACUUGGCUCGCUCCAGGAGCUGUAUCUCGACAACAUUCGCACCGAUCCAACACUGAACAUCAGUCGACUGUAUGACCUGGGCUUGCUCAUGUCUAACAACUGGACAGCAAAAUCAAGUACGCUGACAGUACUUUCAUUGAUGAACAACCGCAUUAGCAAUAUUGUCUAUGACGCCAAGUCUAUCGUUGAUAUGGCCACAGUUAUUAGACUACAAGGGAAUCCCUUCAGCAAGUCUCCACAUUCUGAUGACGGAAGGAAAAUGUUCUGUGCACAAACUUGCAUCAACUCAGUUCCAAAGCAAGAAAGCAACCUCAAGGUUACGAUAAUCGCUGUGGUGGUAAGUGUAACCUCAUCACUGAUCCUAAUGAUCAGUCUGGCUAUUCUAUUUCAUAGGCACAAAAAGCUCAAGCAGUAUCAGGUUCUGGUCCAACAAAAGUUUGAAGAGUUUGAGGUGAAGCCAACUAUAUUCACCCACAGCCAGCUCCGAACUGCCACACGCGACUUCCAUCCCGACUUGAAGUUGGGCGAGGGAGCCUUUGGGAGAGUGUACAAGGGAAUUUUGCCGAAUGGAAAUGUCAUGGCUGUGAAACUACUAUUCCCCCAAAAGACUUCCAAGGGUUUAGACGAAUUUCUGAAUGAGGUAGUUUUGUUGACAGGAAUGAAGCACAGGAACCUUGUGAAUCUGAGAGGGUGUUGCAUUCGUGAACAACAAAGAUUGUUGGUGUACGAGUAUGUUGACAACUAUGACGUUGACCAGGUUCUUCUAGGGGGUGCAAACAAGGCCGACUUGAGCUGGCCUGUGCGAUGGAAGAUCGUCUUGGGAGUGGCCCGCGGUCUACAUUACCUCCAUGCACUUGCACAUCCGAGGAUCAUCCAUCGAGACAUCAAAGCCAGCAACAUCUUACUAACCAAGAACUACGACACCAAGAUAGCAGACUUCGGCUUGGCGGUACUUUUUCCUGAUGAACAGAGUUGUAUAGUGACCAAGCAUGUUGCUGGUACCAAGGGAUACUUGGCACCAGAAUAUGCGUCGUGUGGUCGGUUGAGUGACAAGGUGGACGUUUACAGCUUUGGAGUGCUGUGUUUAGAGAUCGUGAGUGGAAGAAGAAACAUUGAUGAUUCUUAUCCUCCUGGCGAAAUGUAUCUGUCCAAAUGGGUAUGGGAUCUGCAUCGGCAGGGUAUGAGGCAGAGGUUGUGGCGCUGAAGCCAGGGAAUGAGGAGAAACUCUUGGAGACCAUGAGGUUGUUUGCCGGUCGCAGGAGUGAUCUUGGGACUGUAAAGGAGGAAGGCGAGUCGUCUUUCAUGGAAUCGUCAAGUGGAGGUGGAAGUCGUUUUGAGAAAGAAAAUUCCACUGAUGCUGUGCUUGAGCUCAGUGAAAUAAGAGUCAGAUGAUUUAUUUUUUCUUCCAACCCUAGAAAAGUGGAAUGCAGCUUGUUGACAUCCUUGACAGACUUGGGUAGAUUAUAGAUCAAGAUAGUUCGUCAGUGAAGGGACAGAUAUAGUAUUUGUAGAAAGUGAGCCAACGUAGAAGAGGUUUAACUUUAGAUCUUGUUUUGUUCUCUUGUGAGGUUUUCUGUGCAAUUUUCGAUCUUGUUUACUGCUUAGCUUGGUCGUUUUCUCUGUGCAACUACGAGAAGGAGGUUUUCAAUAUAUAAUGAUCACCUAUUCCUUGUUGAAAUAAAGAAGAGUCUAUUUUUUUAUA